CCACAAUUGUUGUUAUAUUCUUAGGGUACCUAUUCUUCGUCAGUGAUAGGCAAAACAUCUAUGUCUUUGAGUCAACUCAAUCAUACAAAAUUACCAAAACUGUUAAACAAGUGUACCUUUCCUACACUUUGCUAUGUAGUAGGAAUAGCAGCAACUGUUGGAAGAGCAUUUUCUGGAGUCGGUCAACCUCCAGUAAUGGGUGUAGUUGCUGACGCUUUAGCACAACAAGGAUUCCAUUCCAGAGGAACAAUCACAACGAUAUACUUUCUCUCUAUCAUUUUGGCUGCAGUUUUGAUGCCGCUUGCUGGAUAUCUUUUUGAUAUAUUGGGAGCCAGAAGAACAGGUCUGAUUGUCAUAUUUUUACUGUCUGCUUCGUGUUUUCUAUUUGCAUAUGGAAAUAUUCAUGAGUCUAUAUCUUCUUUAUUGUUGGUGUUUGUGUCCAUUCGUUUCUUUGGACAAGGAGCACUCAACUUGGUAUCUACAAAUAUGAUCAAUCAAUGGUGGACCAAAGAGCGGAGAGUCGUUCAAGGUUGGUCAAGUUUUGUUUAUUCUUUUGUAAUGUUUGGUAUUCUUCCUCCUUGGAUGAUGUGGUUACAAAACAAAUAUGGUUGGCAACAUACUUUGGGUAUAUUGGGAAGUAUAAUACUUUGUGUUAUGGUUCCCGUUUGUUAUUUAUUCUACAUGAAUGAUAUUCAUAUGUAUGGAUUCACAAGCAUAUGUGAUAAAGAUGUACAACGAUAUCCCAUAGAUGAUGAAGAAUAUGAAAUGAAUCAAGCUUAUUGGCCUUCUGAAGAAGAAGAAGAAGACGAUUUUAUUCCAAACUUACCACACUAUUCCAACAACAGGAUAGAUAAACAGAAUUCUCUACUUUUAUUCUCACCAGAGUUGAAACAAGAUGAAAAAGCGCUUUGUGAAUGUCAUUGGAUAGAUGCCAUGAGCAGUUGCUAUUUUUGGAAAUUUUCUUGGUGUUGUUUCUCAUGGGGAUUUCUUACAACUGGCUUGUUUUUUCAUUUAAAUGCUAUAUACCUAAAAAUGAAUGUUUAUGGAAUAACUAGUGUUUCCAAUACUUUUUUAUUGAUUGGUCUAUUUUCAGCUAUAUUCAGUUUAUUCCCAGUCUAUAUAGAUACAACCAAUGGUUUGCGUCCAUUACGAGUCUCCAUGUUUCUUCUGGGUUUGUCUCUUUUGGUCGUCAAUUUUAUUCAUCUGCGCAUAUUUGAAUGGUUACUUGGUGUAGCCAUUGGCGGUGUAAUGGGAAUGAUGAACGUCUAUUCUGUGGUGUUGUUGGCUGAAUGGUUCGGUACAAAACAUAUUGGAAAAAUUGCAGGCAUCAAUCAGGCUAUCACACAGUUGGGAUCGGCUUUAGGUCCACUUGUCCUUCUUAAAGUUGCCAAUUGGACAGAUAGUUAUUUGGGACCACUUCUUGUUUGUUCCAUAUGGCCUUUUCUUACUAUUUUAUGGCUUCAUUGAUAAGAGAAUGUUGAAUAUAUUAUAUAACCUUAUU